AUGACCAGCAACCUGACAUCUACGAUGACGCUCAGUAAUUUCGUGCAGGCCGCUAGUCAUCUUCACUUGCUGAAGUCCACCACGGUCAUCGCAGCACUGGGAUUGAUUUCCGCUUCCGCGGUUACGUCACCUGUGAAACACCUACAAAGGGAGUUACCACAGCAUUUCAUCUUCAGUGGGCGCGGUGAUUGUCAAACGAACAUGUCGCUUAACUUCUGCUGGCUGUUCCUACAGCACUACACACUGCUUGGUGGUUGCUAUUCUGCACCACCAGUCCUCACGUUAGGCGGCUCCCCCAUACCUCGUGUGUCCCACACCAAAUUGCUCGGCGUUACCCUUGACGACAAAUUGGAUUUCCACCGCCACAUCUGCGAUGUAGCGUCCAAAGCCAGGCGGACACUGGGCUUCGUUACCCAUCUCUCUCGCGACCUUCCACCAGAGGCAUUCAGAAACCUCUACACUGCCCUCGUCUUGCCCCAGCUGGAGUUUUGCUGUGCCAUCUGGGGCCCACUGCAGCAGUCACGUCAAAAUGCCCUAGCAAGCAUUCAAAGAAGGGCUGCUUUUACGUUCUACCGCCGCAGUGCCCCCAGAAGUAGCCUCCUCAGUUACCGGGAUGUUAGCACCGACUCUCUCCUCCGCAACGCUAACUGGCGGUCGCUACAACAUCGAAGAGACGUUGCCUCCAUCCGGCUGUUUUGUCGUGUUAUGAGUGCGGACGACAUGGACUGCCCCAACAUACCACGUCUCAACAGGCGUCGCGGUCGUCUGCAACCGGUGCUGGCGCGCACUCUCCGCCACAGGAGAACAUGUCUCCUACGAGCCGCUGAACUCUGGUUGGCCCUACCCCCGGAGCUGACCGCAGUGAUUCCUAAGGACAGGGACUCUAUAAAGGAACUUUGUCAAUUGAUAUCCCGGAAAGAUGGCUGGCACCUGUGA